CCCCGCCGCUCUGGGGUCGACUUGUUCCAGUUCACACGGCGUCGGGCUGAGCCUAGCGAGCGGGGCGGGCAGACGGGCCGGAGACAUAGCGCUGCUGCCGGGAGCCGCCCGGUAAGUCGCCGGCGGGGUCGCUCCCGGCCUCGGCCGUUGGGCUCCGCGCUGCCCGCGAGCUCGUUACCGGGCCGGGGCGGUUGCUCUGUAACGUUCCCGUCUUGCCCCAGUGUGCUGUUCUAGACCCAAUAUAGACAAAAUGUCCAGCAGGGGUGGAAAGAAGAAGUCAACCAAGACUUCCCGCUCAGCGAAGGCUGGAGUCAUAUUCCCUGUAGGAAGAAUGCUACGUUACAUUAAGAAAGGUCACCCAAAGUACAGAAUUGGUGUUGGUGCCCCUGUGUACAUGGCUGCUGUACUCGAAUACCUGACUGCGGAAAUUCUUGAAUUGGCUGGAAAUGCAGCAAGGGACAACAAGAAGGGUCGAGUCACUCCUAGGCACAUCCUGUUGGCUGUAGCAAAUGAUGAAGAAUUAAAUCAGCUAUUGAAAGGUGUCACCAUAGCCAGUGGUGGUGUAUUACCAAAUAUUCACCCAGAGCUGCUCGCAAAGAAGCGGGGGUCUAAAGGAAAACUGGAAGCCAUCAUCACUCCACCCCCAGCUAAGAAGGCAAAGUCCCCAUCACAGAAAAAAACUGUAUCAAAGAAAGCAGGAGGCAAGAAAGGAUCAAGGAAGUCCAAGAAGAAGCAGGGAGAAGUCAGCAAAUCAGCAAGUGCUGACAGUACAACAGAAGGAACUCCUGCAGAUGGAUUCACAGUCUUGUCCACCAAAAGUCUUUUCCUUGGCCAGAAGCUGAACCUUAUUCACAGUGAAAUCAGUAAUUUAGCCGGCUUUGAGGUGGAGGCCAUUAUCAAUCCUACCAAUGCUGACAUUGACCUUAAAGAUGACCUAGGGAGCACUUUGGAGAAGAAAGGUGGCAAAGAAUUUGUGGAGGCCGUCAUUGAGCUUCGCAAAAAGAAUGGGCCACUGGACGUAGCAGGAGCUGUUGUCAGUGCAGGCCAUGGACUGCCUGCUAAAUUUGUGAUCCACUGCAAUAGCCCAGGUUGGGGUUCAGACAAAUGUGAGGAGCUGCUGGAAAAGACAGUGAAGAACUGCUUGGCUCUGGCAGAUGAAAAGAAACUGAAGUCAAUUGCAUUUCCUUCAAUUGGCAGUGGCAGAAAUGGCUUCCCGAAGCAAACUGCUGCCCAGCUGAUCCUGAAAGCCAUCUCCAGCUACUUUGUGUCGACAAUGUCCUCUUCAAUCAAGACAGUGUAUUUUGUGCUCUUUGACAGUGAGAGUAUAGGGAUUUAUGUGCAGGAAAUGGCCAAGCUAGAUGCCAACUAAGCCUAGAAAGCUACAAUACCAGCCCUCCUACCUAUUCUCUCCCCCUGCCCAUCCCCAGUCCUUAACUCAUUGUGAGGCAGAGCUCCCCUUAUUUUAAAUUUCGCUCAUAUAGGGGAAUAAAGUUUUUUUUGUUUUGUUGGUUUUCUUUGGGUGGUUUUUUACUUUCUAAACUGUUUUUAUGUUGGCACUGAUGAUAGUUGGCAUUACUGCUGUUAAUGCACUGUAUUCCAGGCAUCGUCUGAUUUUUAGUGUAAUCUAGGAGAUUUUAUAAUUUUAUUUUAAUGAAGUAUUGAUUGAUGCAGAAAGUUGUUAGCAGUCUGUAGUCUUUUACUUGUGGAAGAAACCGGCAGACCCUAUUUUGUAACUGUGUUGUGGUGCUUUAUCAAUACAUCGCGUGGCGUUCCUUUCAUUUUUUAAAAAAAAGAACACAUGCUACAAAACUAAUUUGUUUGUUUGUCUGAAUGAUGAAUCUGGGGGAAAAACAAAACAAAAAAACCUCUGUUGUCCUUAAUUAUAUUUGCAAUUUGGAAUUUGUGUGAAUUGAUUUAGUAAAAUGUUUGAACUGUUA